AAUUUAUAGUAUAAGAUCAUAAUAACCAAAGUACGCUAACCCUUUUCAUUUUGUUAUCUUAAGCUUCAUAAAAUCUAAUUCAUUUCUUAUGGUCUUUUUGUUGUUCUAAAGAGUUGGUUAUCUCUGAUUAAUAUUAUAAGACAUAAUUAUAGUAUGCAUAUAAAUAAAUAUUGUGUUGAUGUUGUUAUGGUGAGUGGUGAUGAAGAUGAAACUGAGAUCGUUUUUUGGUUUUUUUGAUUGGUUGCAGUUUGUGGAUUGGAGAAGAGUGAAAGUGAAGCCGUUUGUGAGUAACUCGGGCGCGUUCAGGUUGCAGCAAUCGAUAGAUUAUUCGGUACAAAUGCCUUUGAAUGUGUUUCAAGAUAAAGAUGGAUUGCCAAGGAUUGUGUUGACUGAUCCAAAUGGUUCUUCAGCUGAGGUGCUUCUCUAUGGAGGCCAGAUUGUUUCUUGGAAGAAUCAAAGGAAAGAAGAACUGCUUUUUAUGAGCAGCAAGGCUAAAUGGAAACAGCAUAAAGCAAUCAGAGGAGGUAUAUCAGCUUGUUUUGCAAGGUUUGGUGAAGUUGGUUCAGUUGAGCAACAUGGAAUGACAGGAAACAGAAUGUGGUCAUUGGAUAGAGAUCCUUCACCACUACCUCCAAUAGACAAUCAUUCAUCUGUGGAUUUGAUAUUCAAGUCAACGGGAGUUGACUUAAAGAAACCACAUAGUUUUGAGUUGAGGUUGCGCAUAUCUCUAAGUGCUGGCAAGCUCAUUCUGAUUCCUAGAGUCAGAAACACAGACAACAAACCAUUUUCUUUUGCAUUUUCACUAUGCAACUAUUUAUCUGUAUCAGAUAUAAGUGAAGUUCGUAUUGAGGGAUUGGAGACACUUGAUUAUUUUGAUAAUCUGGUGAACAGAUCAAGGUUCACAGAACAGGCUGAUGCAAUUACAUUUGAUGGAGAGACGGACAGGGUAUACUUGAGCAGCCCGAAUAAAAUCGCCAUAAUAGAUCAUGAGAAGAAAAGAACCUUUGUACUCCAGAAGAAUGCACUUCCAGAUGCAGUGGUAUGGAAUCCAUGGAAUAAAAAGGCCAAGGCUCUACCUGAUUUGGGAGAUGAUGAUUACAAGAUGAUGUUAUGUGUGAAUUCAGCAGCUAUUGAUGUUCCUAUUCUCUUGAAGCCUUGUGAAGAGUGGAAGGGCUAUCAAGAACUCUCUACUGUUUCAUCAAGCUAUUGCAGUGGACAAUUGGAUCCUCGUAGAGUUCUUUAUGGCUUUCAUUGAUGCAGUCAAAUCAAUCAAGAUUUGAUGCACUUUAUAGUAGUGUGCAAUGGAGUACCUUGUCCAUCUUCAUAGGGUUUUACAUUGCCCCGAGACUGGAGAUAGUUGAUAGAUAUAUACCAUAACAUAAAGCCCUUUUCCACCUUACAAUAAUUUGAGAGAAGCUUAGCUUGAUGGCAUGAUGCCAUGACAAUUGCUAAGCAAAUAUUUUGUGUAUUUGUUAAGUUCCAAUGAAAUUCUUCUGAGAAUAGAAACUGGUGAUGCUAUGUAUACAUACUAUUUGUAAAUUAGGAAAAGAACAUGAAUUUUUUCUUUCUUUCUGUCA